AUGGUGCCCUUCAACGCGGAUGCGAUUAGAGAGGUACAGCUCCUGGAGGGCAUCAACCACCCAAACGUGGUAAGAUUAAAUGAAGCCUUGGUAUCCCCUCCGGACAUAUAUAUGGUGAUGCCCUUGAUGCCCUUAUACCAAGGGGACCUCUGGGAACUGAUAAACGAAAAAGGACCAAGGGCGACAGUGUCGAGGUUCUACCGAAUACUGCGUCAGGUGGCGAAGGAUAUAGCCGCCUGUCACCGGGAGCACAUCGUCCACCGUUACUUACAACCGGAAAAUGUGUCCACCGAGGCGACCGAUACGUGGUGGCUGACCUGGGAUUGGCCUGGAGAUCCAUAUGGUACAGGAGUGGACCUUUGGGCACUCGGGUUUGUGGCCCGAUAUGUGGCCACCGGUCUGAUCCCACAACCGGACGACCGAUACUCCGGUGCGGGGCUGGCGGGCUUAAGCUCCCCUGUCCGGUGGUUCAUCGAGGGAUUGCUCAGAACCGAUCCGAUCCUUCGGCGACCCGCGGGGCAAUGGGAUUGGGCUGCAGCCGGCGCGGCACUGAGUAUGGGGGAUAUCAAUUACUUCAGCCUCCAGCAAGGUUUAAAUGAAAGUUCAGCUGUUAACCUACCUAGUGGGGACUGUCCGGCAGAGAACCUCCACCAUUCCUCCUAG